AUGUCCGACGCAUCUCCCUGUGGCUGGAACACAGUUAAAAAUUACAUUUCCAACCCUCUUGCAGAUGAUGAAAAGCGCAUUAAGAAGGCUGAAAAUAAGGUUCUUGGAGAGAAAAAACAAAACGAAAAGCAAAAGUCUAGAAAUAAUUCAUCUAAAGGUGUUUGUGGCUUUGCUUCAUUCAAUUUUCCUUUUCCAAGGAAGCCAUUUGGUGAACCAUCACCCUUUCAGACAUCAGAAAUGUGGCAGAAACUACAUAUUGGUCGUUUAACCAGUUCCAUAUUUGGUGAUGUAUUGAAAGCUGGACCCAAUCCAAAGUCUUUGAUCAAGCAAAUUGUGGAGGGGUCUAGUCUUCAGAAGUAUGCAUCUCUGCCACCAGCUGUUCAGUGGGGACAACAAAAUGAGGCAAAGGCAAGCUCAGAGUAUGUCAAUCUGAAGACUGCCACAAAAAACAAUUUUAAAGUUGAGGAUACAGGUCUCACUUUGUGCACAGAUAACUCAUUUUUGGGUGCCUCCAGUGACGGGAGAGUUUUUGAUGGUGACAGCAUAGGUGUACUAGAGAUUAAGUGUCCAUACUCCAUCAAGGGAACUCAAGUAACAACAAUGGAAGUGAGUGAGAUUGUUGCAAUGGGAUGUCCAACUGUUUGUUUAGAAUAUAGUAUGGAAGGACCACGUCUCAAAAAUAGCCACAAGUUUUAUGCUCAAGUUCAGGGAGAAAUGGCAAUUAUGCGAUUACCAUGGUGUGACUUUGUAGUAUGGACAGAGGCUGCUCAGAACAAUAUUUGUAUUGACAGAAUAUAUUUUGAUUCAGAGUUUGUGUCCCCUAUGAUGCCUAGACUUAUUGAAUUUUAUAUGCAUCACAUUAUCCAGUUACAGAGCUCCAGAUAAUUUCUAUUAUUUAUCUACUUUUAAGAUUUUUAAUCUGUUCAAAUUCUGUUUUCCUGAGAUAUAGUCAUAAGAGCAAUGCCACUUUGAAUUUUAUUCUCCUAAUGGAUAGCAGUAAUUCUUUUCCCAAUUCAGAAUUUGAUAAACUUCAUAAUGCAUAUUUCUGCAAAGAAUCCUCAUCCUUAAAUAUCUGAAGCUCUGAAGUUACAUUUACAAUGUAUCAUUUGAACUUAUUGCUUUAUAAAAGAAAAGUCUGACAAUA